CAGCUUGUAAUUUGUUUUAAACUACUCAGCAGUUUACAACCGACCUUUCUCGCGUAAUGACGGCGUCAUCGACUGACUCAGCGCCUGCACACAAGCAACGCUUGAAGCGUCCGGGGCGUUUGUACGUGAAGGCAGUGUUUACAGGAUAUAGACGUGGAUUGCGGAAUCAACACGAAAACACCGCUUUGCUAAAAAUUGAUGGCCUAGAGCAUCGUAAAGAUGUCGACUUUUACUUGGGUAAACGAUGCGCCUAUGUUUACAAAGCGCUAAAAAAAAAAUCCUUUCCACGGAGGAAACGUCCAACGAAGAUCCGCGUCAUCUGGGGUAAAGUAACUCGUCCUCACGGUAACAGUGGAGCGGUGAGAGCUCGAUUCAAGCGUAAUUUACCUGCAUCCGCAAUGGGUCGGCGUAUCCGUGUCAUGUUGUAUCCGUCGCGCGUUUAAGUAAACUUGGCUUUGGAACAAUACAAUUUCCACGGGCUC